GAAGCAGGCUGGGGCCUGCAGGUGCCAGGUGAGCAGGCAGGGACUCAGCCAGAAGGACAUCAGGCUGGCCCUGCUCCUCAGCACCCAGCCAGAGCCAGAGUCCCUGCUCGGCACAGGCACGACAGCGAGAGGCCAGGUUAACACUGACCUGAGCCACUCUUCACCUGGACAGGAUGAGAGUGUCAGGUCUGCUCCGCCUCCUGUCCGUCGUCGCCACGCUGGUGGCCACGUGGUUCUUCCUCCGCAGCUCCACCGGCCUGGGCACCAAAACCAUCCGCCUGCCACGCUGGCUGGGUGUGGCCCCCAAGGAGAUCCGCCCUCCAAGGCCGCUCUGUUACUCCCCAGGCGUCCCAAAGACCAAGUGUGGCCUCAGCAAGCCCUGCCCAGACAACUUCUUUGCCUUUAAAAUCUGCAGUGGGGCCGCCAAUGUCGUGGGCCCCUCCAUGUGCUUUGAAAACCAGAUCCUCAUGAGUCCGGUGAAGAACAACGUGGGCAGAGGCCUGAACAUCGCCCUGGUGAAUGGAACUACGGGGCAGGUAGUGAGGAUGAGCUCUUUCGAUAUGUACUCGGGAGACCCCAGCCUCCUGCUGAAGUUCCUCACAGAGAUUUCCGAGGGCAUCCUGGUGCUGGUGGCCUCCUACGAUGACCCAGGGACCAAGAUGAAUGACGACAUCAGGAAGCUCUUCUCCAGCCUGGGCAGCUCCUACGCCCCGCAGCUGGGCUUCCGGGACAGCUGGGUCUUCCUGGGGGCCAAGGACCUGAAGAGCAAAAGCCCCUUUGAGCAGUUCUUAAAGAGCAACCCUGACACAAACAAGUAUGAGGGAUGGCCGGAGCUGCUGGAGCUGGAGGGCUGCGUGCCCCAGAAGACAUUUUAGGUGGCUGUGGCUCCUCCUGGACCAGGACCCCCAGAGGCUGCUGGGCCUCCAGGGAGAGAUGGCCCGGACAGCACUGGCCCUGCCUGUGCCUGGGACUGCUUCCCCUCCAGGGCCUGAGGCUCCCGACCUGGGGGCGAGGGGAGGUGUCCCCCAGGCCCUGCUGGACCCAGCUAUCUGUGGAGAGAACAGACAUGCUGCCCUCGGGAAGGUCUGGCUGCUCACCCUGCAGCAACAUUAAAGUUAUUUUUGCUGAUUAGGGCAGAGCU